AAAAGUCACUGUAACGAUAAAAGCGUUAUAAAUAGUUAACAGCCGGCGCGCAUUGAUCUAUGACAGCGGUGUGGUGACGCGGUUUCUCUCUCUUCGGCCCUUUUUCUCAGCUAAAAGGUUCAUCAUGUCUGCCCAUUUGCAGUGGAUGGUCAUCAGGAACUGUUCCAGUUUCCUUGUCAAGAGGAACGGACAGACCUACAGCACUGAACCCAACAAUCUGAAAUCCAGGAACUCCUUCCGCUUCAAUGGAUUGGUGCACAAGAAGACUGUUGGUGUUCAGCCAGCGCCUGAUGGCAAGGGCAUUGUAGUUGUGCUUAAAAAGCGCAGAGGCCAGCACAAACCUGCCACCUCUUACGAAAAGAUCACAAUCAACAAAAACUCUCGUGCCACCCUCAACAGCCUGAGGCACAUCAUCAGCAAGAACAAGUACAGGAAGGACCUGCGCAUGGCGGCUCUGCGUCGUGCCAGUGCCAUUCUGAAGAGCCAGAAACCUGUCAUCAUCAAGAAGAAGCGCACCAGGGCUACCAAGACCGCAUAAAUUGACAUGUGAUAUAAAAAUAAAAUCCUUCUUUGAACACCU